GGCGCAUGCGCGGGGGCGCGGCGGGAUGAUGUCGGCGCAGGGGGACUGCGAGUUCCUGGUGAAGCGGGCCCGGGAGCUGGUCCGCGAGGACCUGUGGGCCGCCAAGGCCUGGCUCAUCACCGCCAGGAGCCUCUACCCGGCAGACUUCAACAUCCAGUAUGAGAUGUACACGAUUGAGAGGAACGCAGAACGGACGUCAUCGGCAGGCAGAUUGCUGUAUGACAUAUUUGUAAAUUUUCCCGAUCAGCCAGUGGUGUGGCGGGAGAUAAGCGUAAUUACAUCCGCUUUAAGGAAUGACUCCCAGGAUAAGCAGACUCAGUUUUUAAGAGGUUUAUUUGAGACCCUUCCUGGCCGGAUCCAGUGUGAAAUGUUACUGAAGGCCACGGAGCAGUGCUUUAAUACACUUGAACGGGCGGAAAUGUUACUGCUGCUUCUGCGACGCUUCCCUGAAUCGGUGGUUCAGCACGGGGUGGGCCUGGGUGAAAGCUUAUUAGAUGCAGAAAACAUGGAAGACCAAGAAUCACCUGUCAAUUGCUACAGGAAGUUAUUUGUCUGUGAUGUGCUUCCCUUAAUUAUUAACAACCCCGAUGUGCGGCUCCCGGCUGCCUUAUUAUAUAAGUACUUGAACAAAGCUGCAGAAUUUUACAUUACUUAUGUGACAAGAUCUACACAGGUGGAAAGCCAGUAUCAAGGUGCACAGGACACGCCCGAUCUCUUGUCCCCCAGCAAGCGGAGCUCUCAGAAAUACAUCAUAGAGGGACUGACCGAGAAAUCCUCUCAAAUAAUGGACCCUUGGGAACGGGUGUUCAAGAUUCUGUCUGUUGUGGGAGUCAGGUGUGAAUGGCAGAUGGACGUGUCGAGAAGAAGCUUUGGCGACAUCUUGCUCAAAAUGAAAGACGUCUGCAGGUACAUUGGUAACUAUGAGAAUGAAGCCCACACAAAAUACAAGACCCAAGUGAUCUAUUCCACCAUGCUGGUCUUCUUCAAGAAUGCAUUCCAGUAUGUCAGCAGCAUCCAGCCGUCUCUCUUCCAAGGUCCAAAUGCUGCAAACCAGAUUCCACUUGUUCUGUUGGAGGAUGUGCCCAAUGUUUACAGUGAUACAGACAUUGAUCGCAGCAAACACACACACAAAAAGCGGAAGCUGGCUGAGGGAAGAGAGAAAACCAUGAGCUCUGAUGACGAAGAUCCUUCUGGGAAGGGGCGGAGCAGGCAGGUGACCAUCCCUGCAGCAGAGCUCCCCAACUCAGGUGAAGUCCUGGAGAGCUUCCGGUUGGCUCGAGAGAGCUGGGAACUGCUGCACUCCCUGGAGCCCCUGGAUAAGGAAUUCACAAGAAUUUGCGCCUCAUGGAAGACGGACACCUGGCUUUGGCUGCGGAUCUUCCUCACAGAUAUGAUCAUCUAUCAGGGUCAAUAUAAAAAGGCCAUUGCCAGUUUGCACCACUUAGCGGCUCUGCAAGGAUCCCAUUCUCAGCAGCAGAUCCCCGGACAAGGAUCCCUAGAGAACCAGCGAGCCCUGAUCCAGCUGGCCUCCUGCCAUUUUGCCCUGGGCGAAUACCGGUUCACCUGCGAGAAGGUCCUUGACCUGAUGUGUUCCGUGGCCCUUCCCAUCCAAGAGGGGGCGAAGCUCCAGGAAGAGCAGCCAAAAGUGAAGUCCAGAUUCAGGAGAGUUUCGGAGCUGAAGCUCUGGCCGUGCACCAGUGCUGCCGUCAUGCCAUACUGCUUGCGGUUACUGCUGGCUUGUUUCAAGCUGAGGGCCUUCACAGACAGCAGAGACGACUUGGCCUUGGGGCACGUCAUUGUCUUACUCCAGCAUGAAUGGCCAAAGGGUGAAAACUUGUUCUUGAAAGCAAUCAACAAAAUCUGCCAACAGGGAAAUUUCCAGUAUGAAAACUUUUUCAACUAUGUGACAAAUAUUGAUAUGUUGGAAGAGUUUGCCUACUUAAGAACCCAAGACGGAGGCAAAAUCAACCUGGAACUGUUGCCGAACCAGGGAAUGUUAAUAAAGCAUCACACGGUGACGAGGGGAAUCACCAAAGGUGUCAAGGAAGAUUUCCGCCUGGCCAUGGAGCGCCAGGUGUCCCGCUGCAGAGAGAACCUGAUGAUGGUCCUGCACCGAUUCUGCAUCAACGAGAAGAUCUUGCUGCUCCAGACGCUGGCCUGAGGCCCAGCCGGGGGGGGGGGGGGGGUCUUGUGCUUCAUGGCAAAUAAAAUGACAUUUUCUUUAAAUAA